AUAAUGUAUGCUGAAGAGGAUUUAGAAGAGUAUUUUUCUGGAGCUACCCUUUUAUCCCGCCUUUCUCAGCCAGCUACUGCCCUCCACACUGGUUCCACUUCCCUAAGUGACAGUAGGAGUGGAAACUGCACAGACGCUUGGACCCUUGAGGAACUCAGUAUUUCUGCAUGCCGUCCCAGCUACUCUAGAGUUCUAUAAGGUGGACUUUCUGAUAGCCAAAAUCAGGCUUUACUUAAACCAGCAGGGUAACUAUAACUAAGCCUCUUGUUGAUUGGCUGUGUGACCUUGGCCAGACUUUUACUCUCUGGUAUGUUAAUUUCCUGGAUACUUACACUGCAGACUGGCUUAUGAAGUCCUUUUAGGCCUUUCUAUGAAAGGGCUGAGGUUUUUUUUUUAACCAACUCUCUUGAUUAUUGUAGUGGGCAGAGGGAGACUAUUGUACCUUCUGCUCUGCCCAGGCUGUUGGAAAACAGAUCUGGUGGUUUCCAGUCCCCAGCCGCAGCACACGGACCCAACAUCUGUGCAUUUGUUUUCACUAGCUGCUGUUUCUCAAUUUAAAACCUGAUCAUCUUCUUUCUGGUUGGCAAAGGUGCCUUGGAAUUUGUGUCGCUGAGUCAGCAAGACCUUCAGAUUUGCCCGGUUUUUGUUGUUUGCAUUUUAUAUCGAGAUGGGAACUCAAACAAGUCAUUCCUCCUAAGGAUCUGGUGUCUCCAUCGAGAAGGGACAGUUUGUGCCAGCUCUCCAGAGAGAAAAGGUCUGCUGGAAGCACUGGGCGAUGAACCCGAGACUCCAGCCCAGAGUGGUCUGAAGCUGUUUGGGAAAGCGGAGGAGUGCUGGGGAAGAUGGCCAUGGCCCCAAGCCCUUCCCUGGCUCAGGUGUACACCAGCCCUGUGGCAGUGGCCGUGUGGGAAUGGCAGGACGGGCUGGGCACCUGGCACCCCUACAGUGCCACUGUCUGCAGCUACAUCGAGCAGCAGUUUGUCCAGCAGAAGGGCCAGCGCUUUGGGCUGGGGAGCCUGGCCCACAGCAUCCCCUUAGGCCAGGCUGACCCCUCGCUGGCCCCUUACAUCAUCGACCUCCCCAGCUGGACCCAGUUCCGCCAGGACACGGGCACCAUGCGGUCUGUGCGGAGACACCUGUUCCCCCAGCAUUCAGCCCUGGGUCAGGGCAUCAUCUGGGAGUGGCUGAGUGAUGACGGCUCCUGGACAGCAUAUGAAGCCAGCGUCUGUGACUAUCUGGAGCAGCAGGUGGCCAGGGGCAACCAGCUCGUGGACUUGGCCCCCUUGGGGUACAACUAUACUGUCAACUACGGCACCCACACACAGACCAACAAGACUUCGAGCUUCUGCCGUAGCGUGCGGCGCCAAGCAGGGCCCCCUUACCCGGUGACCACCAUCAUUGCUCCGCCGGGCCACACGGGAGUCGCCUGCUCUUGCCAUCAGUGCCUCAGCGGUGGCGGAACUGGCCCCGUGUCAGGCCGCUACCGCCACUCCAUGACCCAUCUGCCCGCGUACCCUGUGCCCCAGCACUCCCACAGGACCGCCGUUGUCUUUGGGGCGCACCAGGCCUUCGCCCCGUACAGCAAGCCCUCACUCUCUGGGGCUCGGUCUGCACCCAGGCUGAACAGCACCAACCCCUGGGGUGGGGCGCCACCCUCCCUGGGGAAUCAGCCCCUCUACCGCUCCAGCCUCUCCCACCUGGGACCACGGCGCCAGCCCCCAGCACCCUCCACUGCUAGUGGAGCCAGUGCCUCCCUCCCCAGCGGUCCUGCAAGCAGCCCUGGGAGCAUCCCCACCACUGUGCCCGUGCAGAUGCCGAAGCCCAGCAGGGUCCAGCAAGCCCUCGCAGGAGGGACUACAAAGCCAGAGCCAGAGCAGGUGAUAAGAAACUACACUGAAGAGCUGAAAACAGCCCCAGAUGAGGACUGCAUCAUCUGUAUGGAGAAGCUCUCCGUGGUGUCUGGGUACAGCGAUGUGACUGACGGCAAGACCAUUGGGCCCGUGGCUGUGGGCCGCCUCGCCAAGUGCAGCCAUGCCUUCCACCUGCUCUGCCUGCUGGCCAUGUACUGCAACGGGAACAAGGAUGGAAGUUUGCAGUGUCCUUCCUGCAAAACCAUCUACGGAGAGAAAACUGGGACCCAGCCCCGUGGGAAGAUGGAGGUGUUCAAGUUCCAGGUGUCCCUCCCUGGCCAUGAGGACUGCGGAACAAUACUCAUCGUUUACAACAUUCCUCAUGGCAUUCAGGGCCCUGAACACCCCAACCCCGGAAAGCCAUUCACCGCCAGAGGGUUUCCCCGCCAGUGUUACCUUCCGGACAACGCCCAGGGCCGCAAGGUCCUGGAGCUGCUGAAGGUGGCCUGGAAGAGGCGACUUAUCUUCACAGUAGGGACAUCCAGCACCACGGGCGAGACUGACACAGUGGUGUGGAACGAGAUCCACCACAAGACAGAGAUGGACCGCAACGUCACAGGCCACGGCUACCCCGACCCAAACUACCUGCAGAAUGUGCUGGCUGAGCUGGCCGCCCAGGGGGUGACCGAGGACUGUCUGGAGCAUCAGUGACCCGCCAGCCUGGCUGGCCCCAUCCCAGACCCACCACGCCUGCCUCUGGCAGCCAGCUGCCCCGUCCCCACUGCUGGCUGGGCUGCUCCUGGGAUGGGCAGGUGGGAAGGCGCCUUUUCUCAGGCUGAAACGUUGCUGGGGGCACAGGCGUGCUCCCCCAGAAGCCAGGGCUUCUCCUGCCUACCUUUCCCCCUUCCUCCUCCCCUCCAGGCCCGGGUCUGCGUGGGAAUUGGGCAAGCCUGGGGAGUUGCACUCAUGGGGGCUUAAGAUGCAGCUACCUCAGUGCACAGAGCCCUCUGUCCUCGGCGAGCUGCUUCAGGCCCGCAGUGCCGGGGGCCUGGCGUGCGGUGAGGAGAGAUGGACCUAUUCCCAGCCAGGGGCAGGCAUGGGUUCUGGGUCAGCUUCUCAUACCUCACAUGUUCUGUUUGCAAUAAAUGCCCUAUAGCCAAAGUCA